CUACUAAGCUUGCUGUUCCUCUCUUGUGGAGCCUUGGAGCAGCUCACAGCACGCAACCAUCAGCUUGACCAGCCUGCUGCUGCUGAACUUUCAACAUGCAUUCCAACCAACCAAACUCAUCCUCAACCGAAACAACACAAAAAGAUCAAGACUACGUAUAUUUCAGCCGCAAUCCAUCUCAAUUCUCUAAGCCGAUUCUGGAGAAAACUACGGCUUGCAAAUUAAAAAUCGAACAUGUUUACCGAAAAGCAGUCGAGGAAGCGAUCGAACGUAAUCAACGUCGCCAAGAAUUAGAAAAGAAGAUAGCAGCAGAUCCGACGAUCACAGAAGAACGAAAACAGAGACAAUUAGCUAACUUGGGUCGAACAGAAUCUAGCUUCUUAAGGUUAAGGAGGACUAGAUUAGGAUUGACCGACUUUAGAACGGUUAAAGUGAUCGGAAAGGGGGCCUUUGGUGAAGUUAGAUUAGUUCAAAAAGUGGAUACUGGGAAGAUUUAUGCUAUGAAAACCCUCAGGAAAGCCGAAAUGUUUAAGAAAGAUCAGUUGGCUCAUGUGCGGGCAGAACGAGAUGUAUUAGCUGAAUCGGACUCACCCUGGGUGGUUCAACUCUACUACUCCUUCCAAGAUUCUCAGUAUCUGUAUCUGUUGAUGGAGUUCUUGCCAGGCGGUGAUCUGAUGACGAUGUUGAUUAAAUACGACACCUUCAGUGAAGACGUCACGAGGUUUUAUAUGGCCGAAUGUGUUCUGGCUUUGGAAGCGGUCCAUAAACUCGGUUUCAUUCACAGAGAUAUCAAACCUGACAAUAUUUUGAUCGACAAAGAUGGACAUGUGAAACUUUCAGACUUUGGUCUUUCGACUGGGUUCCACAAACAGCAUGACUCAGCGUAUUAUCAAAGUUUAUUAGAGGGGGACAAUUCGACGAGUGGGGCUGCGGCGGCGCCGAACAGGAAUUCGGUCGCGAUUUCCUCGAUCAAUCUGACGGUGUCCUCGAAGGAUCAAAUCGCGACCUGGAAGGCCAAUCGAAGAAAACUGGCUUUCUCGACCGUCGGUACUCCCGAUUAUAUUGCCCCCGAGAUCUUCCUCCAACAGGGUUAUAAUAAGGAAUGCGAUUGGUGGAGUCUCGGAGCUAUCAUGUUCGAAUGCUUGGUCGGAUAUCCUCCCUUCUGUUCUCCCUCUGCUCACGAAACUUAUAGGAAAAUCAUCGAUUGGAGACACGAACUCUAUUUCCCUGAUGAUGUUCACCUCUCUAGAGAGAGUGAAGACCUCAUUCGAAGAUUGAUUACAUCGGCUGAUCAUCGUUUAGGGAAAAAAGGAGCUGAAGAAAUCAAGGAUCAUGUAUUCUUUUCAGGAGUAGAUUGGACGACGAUCCGAAACAUAGAAGCGCCUUUCGUACCUCAUUUGAAAUCGGUGACCGACACAAGUUACUUCCCAACCGAAGAUUUGAAUGAUGUACCAACUGAACCUGUUGGAGCUGAUACAGAUACUAGUAGCAAGGAUCUGGCCUUCUUAGGCUACACCUUCCGACGCUAUGAGAAUUCUGGGGCAGGUGAAUUCUAGGUUUAUCGUUUCCAAUAACCUCUGUCUUUUUAUUUCCUUGACGGAGAUCAAUCGAUCCUUUUUUUUCUUCUUCUUCUCCAUUUCCAUCUCCUUAUGAUAUGUUCGUUUGUAAUAUAUGCCAUAUCACUGUUCUCAGUAUCAAAUUUUUCCUUCCUUCUUUCUGACGAUUUUUUAUCUUGACAUCUACACAAACAGAAAGAGAAUAAAUACAUAAAAUUUGCAUCUGAUUAAUUUCUUUCUUUUUUUCCUCUGCUUGAAAUAAUCCAAACUAAAUCUUGCAUUAUUACCAGAACAUAUUAAGAUCUUGUGAAGAAAGUUAGACUGGGUUAGUAUAGUAUAGAUUUAGCAAAGUGGUCUAUUAUAUAGAGAAACUCCUGUUAUAUU